AUGUUCGAUACGUUCUGGCCUAACGAUGAGUAUGGCAAAUAUGCUGUCGGUACGGACAUACAAGGACUCUGCAAGUUCAAUACAUUGAGAUGUGCAGCGGAAUUAGCUGGACGCCCUGAUAUAGUGAAGCAACAGGACAUUGACGACUUUGUGGAGCAUCAGGAGACUUCUUGUGGAGAGGAAUUAACACAUGGCACAUCGUGGAAGGGCGUUAUCGUCUUCUUGCGUCGUCUACGUGAUGCUGGGCGUGAUUUCAUCUACAUUGUUAUUGCUUUGGACAAUUCCGCGGUUGCUGGACGGCGUGGCGUGGGUGGGCUUUGGAAGAUCAAUCAAGGAUGGAGUCUCAGGACAAGAACCGGCUUUAUCUACAAUUUGGAAGAAGGUAAGCCGAUUGAGUCAGCGGAGGACUGGAUUGAUUUCUAUGUUUUUAUUCGUCCAUCCAUUGUCUUCAAGCAGGAGUAG